AUGACAAUGGAGCAGGAGACGGACAGCGUCACCGUCGCAGCGGAAGCUUGUGGACGGCCCAACACCGACCGAAUCUCGAAAGCGGCCACCGCUCCCCGUACAUCGUCGGUGGACGGCAUUUGUCGGUUCAAUUGGUUCCUAUCGCUCCGAAGAAAGCGGUCCUCGUCGGCCACGACCGUGGUGGUGGCCACAGCCCACAGCAAGAAGAACGACAACAGUGCGGGACCUGUCAAGGAUGAGUUGUUUACCAGCGAUGAAAACAAUCACAACAGUCAACACGAAGGUGGUAGCGUGUUUUACACCUUGCGCAAACGGUUCCAGAAGAAAUUUACCUCGGUCAAAGUGAAAGCAUUUGAGCCGAAUGUGACCAGCACACUGGGGGCGACAACCACGACAAACGCCAGCACCGUAAACACGCACUGCAACGAUACGAAUCGCUGCAAUGGUAUGGCACAGGAUCGACUUCCGGCCGAUACGUGUGGAAGUGAUUUUGCGCGGAUCGUUAUUGAGCGGCAUGCCCAGAAUCCGAUACGGUUUUCAUCGCCCAACGCGAACCUGCCUGUGAUAAUGAACAGUAGAGAUACUGAACCAAAUACGACCGAAGAAAGAAGGCCAUCGUUGGUGGACCCAUCAUCCGUCGCCGCCACGACCGACCAGAGCGCUCCGGACAUGGACGACAUGAUGGCACAGAUGCGCAUCGAUCUGCUACAGUACGGUUGGUACUGGGGCAAACUGACACGAUUGGCGGCCCAGAAACGGCUUGCCCAGAAGGUGAACGGGACGUUUCUGGUACGCGAUUCACAGACCGAAAAGCAUCAGUUCACGGUCAGCUUUCGAAGCUCCGCCAUAACGCUGCACUGUCGUAUUGACUUUGAAAACAAUUACUGGUCAUUUUCAGGCUUAACUACACCCACACCAUACAAAACGAUGGUAGACUUGAUACAGGAUACGAUGAAAAAAUCUGAAUACGGCGUGAUAGGUUACGUGAAGCAGGACACAACCUUAAUGCCUCCGUUCCCUGUCCGUCUUACCAGGCCGGUCAACCGAUUCUAUGAAGUUUCCUCCCUGCAGCAUUUAUGCCGGUUUAUCAUACGGCAAAAGAUUGAUGCGAAAUCGAUCGACGAACUGCCACUGCCGGAAAAGCUGAAGGAAUAUGUCGAGGAGAACUUCUACGAUCUGUAG